AUGGAAAGAGUUUACUGUGGCAUGGUGGGGGAGUUGCCGGUGGGGAGGCCUCUAGAGCGGCCGCUGACUCAGCGGCGACCUCGAGUACUGCCUGCCGCAAGGCGAGGUCCCGUGCCUGUGUCGUUGUGGUCGUCCAUGGACCUCCUCACCGGCAACCACCCGACCCAGCCGCUGAGCCCUCAGGAGGACCGAGCUGCAGCGGCCCAACCAGCAGUAGUUGAUAUGGAGCUUUGCUCAGUUCCUUCACCUGCUUUACACGUUGAAGUUGGAGGGAGUGGAACCUCCACACCUAAUCGGACUCCAACGUCCCGAAAGCGAAAUGCAUCGGACCACAAUGACAUGGGGGCUAAACGGCGUCUAAUUACUUCCUCGUCAUCUUCGUCGCGUCCUCUAAGGGAUAUUGAAAUAUCCAACGCCCUUAAUUAUGGCAGCGACGAGGACUCCGAAGAAGAUGGCGAAGAAGAAAUUGGACUCCAAUCCACCAUAGUCCCCAGGGUGGUACAAAUAAUGGCCGAGGCUUGCAGGCUCGGGAGCCCAAUAAAUAGGAAGACUGAAACUAACGACGAUGAAUACUUUUGUGUGUUCAAUGUUUUAUGUGUGUUCAUAUCACUUGUAACAAUACUUGCAGAUUUAACAACAGAUGUUCUAGUUUUUGCUGAAUACUGUAAAGAUGGUUAUUUGUAUUGGGCUUUAGCUACCUUUAUUUUUAUGUUGUCUCCUAACAUUUUAAUAAAUAUUUUUUCAAUGCGGUGGUUUAUUUUAGAUAAUAAAUCAACUGUUAAACAUUGGAUAACUCAUGGGUGUCUUGUUGGACUAUUAGAAAGGUAUAUAAUAUUUUUGAGAAAAGUAUUUACAUGCAAGAACUUAGAAUCUGUAAAAACACAAAACUUAAUAAGUCAAAGAAAUGACUUGAGCUUAUUGCACUAUUUGUAUAUUUUUAUUGGAACAAUACCACAAAUAAUUCUGCAAACAUAUGCUAUAUUAAUGUUAAAUGAAAACUAUCACACAAAAGUGUUUGCAUUAUCAGCAUCAAUAGCAUCUGUCGUGUGGGGUAGUGUGACAUAUAUUUACAGUAUUAUAACCAUAUCAAACGAAACAUUCCAGUGGAAUUCUUUGUUCCUAAAAGUAAUAUGGCACUUUGGCAUGUUGGCUGGUAGAAUUGCUGGUAUAUUGCUUUUUUCUAUAGUAUUUGGUAUAUGGACAUUAUUACCAUUGGGUUUGCACUGGGCCGCUAUGACAUUUUGGAUUGUAAUCCAAAAAACUACUUUUUGUCCUAACAAGCUAGAAGAAACGCUUUAUAAUGCUGUUAUGGGAUUUGUUUACUGCUUUUCUUUUAUAAAUUUACGUGAAGGCCAGACACGAUAUCGUCUUAUGAUGUUUUAUACAUUAAUGGUCACGCAAAACUUUGGUAGUUUAUUCCUGUAUGUUUUAAUAGUAGAUGCCGAAAAACAAAGAAAACCAUGGUCUAUUGCUGCUACAGUCUGUAUAAUUGCUGGUACUAUCUUUGGUAUGAUUGCAAUGGUACUAUACUACAGAUACUUUCAUUCGAAAGGACCAAUUACUUGGAAAUAUGCUGAAGCAGAUAUUGAAUUAAACAACAAAGUUGUUUCCAACUCUACUGGUAUUAAUACUAAUAAGAUCAAUUCCUUGAACCAUGUUAGAUCUUUUAAAAGCCAGAAUAAAGAGAAAACUACUGAAGCUCUUGGAAAAGAUUCUCCUGUAUCAGAACAAGUAACCCAAGUUGAGAAUGAGCAAGCCGAUAAAAAAUUUUUGCUCGACCACUGGAUUGCCAGAUCUGGAUCACCAACAUUUACAUCUGCACCUGUUGGAAAUAGCACUGAUGCAUGUAGUAUACAUGUUUAUACAGUAGAAAACACGCUACAUUCUUCCACUACAAAGCGCGAAAAUUCUAACAGUGAGCUAAUUAAUUCACAAGCCAAUAAAAAGAAAAUAGGACCUCCUACUGAUCAUUCUUUAAAAGUACCUUCUUUAGAAUAUAUAGAAAAUUCUAUCGACGAGAUUACGUCUAUUUUCUUUACUCUAAAUUUGCAAAAACGUAGAGGAAUUUGUUCCUCAGAUGAGCUAAGAAAUGAGUUGAGUAAUUUAAAUUUAGAAGCAUGUAAUAUUGUUAAUGAAGAAUUUGCGAAAGCUAUUAAAACUGAUCAUAGCUCCGUUAUUAGUCAUGAUACCGAUGGAUCCAACAAAAAAACAUCCUCAGACUCUAUUGAUAUGGACUUGGACUUAAGUUUUAGUGAUAUAAACAGUUCUGACAUUAAUACCUUUAAUGAAAAUAUUGUACAAAAGUUGUGUUUAAGUGCUUUGAAAAAUAUCAAAGUAGGAAAUCAAGAUGCAGACAUAGAGAACAUUCAAAGAAUAGCUCUCGAUAUACUUAAGGAAAUGUAUGCAAAAAAAGAUAAGAAAAAGAACGGUAUUAGUGCCGAUAUACUCACUGCCGCUAAACCACGCGAUUUAGAUACUCCUACUGAAGUUUUGUCAGUGCAUGAUUAUGAAAACAUUUGUGCUGUAAAUAUUGCUAGAGAAGCUUGGGGACUCCGUUCUUGGAAUGGAUAUUGUGAUAUCGAGAAUUGGCUUCAUGAUGGCAGUGUUGUAAGAGACCGGAGCCGAGAUACCCUAACAUCUGGAAGUUCAGAAAUCAGUAGCUGUAUCUCCCAAGAAUUAAAAAGCGCAAUAUUAUCUGCACCACCAUUUCCGAAAAAAACACACACAUAUUCUAACGUAUUUGUUAAGUUUGAUAGGAGCUCACAAGAAGAUUAUGCAAAUUCUGUCGUUUGCCAAUCCAACGACGAAACUUUCUUAGCUAAACCAUGUAUAAUAGAAAAUGGUAAGGACCCGAAUCACCUAGAACCCAUCUUAGAGGAACUCGAUGAUUUAGGUGACAUAGAUCCAGCUUGCAAAAAAAGACUUAAUUCUGAAAGUUCCCUUGUAGCCACCAUAGACGAAAUUCGCAAAUCAACUGUGUCUAGUUCCCCAAGAAACCUGUGUCACAGAAGGGAAAAACUUUUAGAUGUGCCACCGUUUCAUUCUUCUUCCAAAAUUGAAAAUAAUUUGAAGAAAGCACUUUGGAAAGAGCCUUCAAAAUUUAACUUCAGCAAUACAAUGGAGGCGUUGCCUGAAAAAGAAAAUAUUUUAGACAUCAUCAAUGGAUCUAAAUUUGAUACAAAUAAAAAAGAACUUAAUCUAUUGCCGUCGUCAUCGUCGCUAAAUUCGCAAAUGUUAUACAAUAAAAGUUCAGCCCGACGGCAAAAGUCUAAUUUAGUAAAAUCUAAAUCUCAGACUAGAAUUAAUAAUAAACCUGAACAACAAGAUUUACCAAAUAAAAAUAUUGACUUCUUAUGGCAAAUGGUUUCAGAAAGUUCUGUGCCACCUAGUUCAAGCGAAGAUUUAACUUUAAGUCGAAAAACGCCUUCACUUCAAUCUCUUAUACAUAAGGAUGCAUCUACUUCAUUUAUGAAUACAUCUACAAGCAAAAUUUCUAAUAUUAAGAGAAGUGUACGAAGUAAACCAAGAAGAAAAUUUUCUCUUCUUAGAGAACGAUUUGAACCUAGGGUAAACUUACAUUCAGAUGAAGAAAAUUUAUGCAAUCAUUCAGAGAAUAUGUUGAACCUGCCUGAUAAUCAUGUAAAAAAUCAGCUUGAUGUUACGAAUAAAAUUGUGGAUGAUUUAAUAUCCCAAACACAUCAAAAAAUUACUUCCACUGACACAAAAUCCAUAUCUAGUUCAAUUAUUUCAGAUUUACCACCAAAACAUUUGAAAGAAAAAAGAUACCUGUUUACUAAACAAGUGUUAAGUCCACCAAAGUUUAACACAAAAUUAAAACAUAAAGUGUAG